GAGAGGAGGUUCCUAGAAAAGGAAAAGUAGCUGUGAUUGCAAGUUACCAAGUCCAGGAUUUAUAUCACUGUACUGAGCUCUCCCUAUCCCAGGAUGGGGACCCUUACGAGUUGCCCUCUACUUCUCCUGCUGCUGGCGACCGCCCUGGCCCCGACCCGAGCGGGCAAGAGCUCACACUCGCUGCGGUAUUUCGCCACUGCCAUGUCCAGGCCAGGCUUAGGGGAGCCCCGGUUCACCGCCGUGGGUUACGUGGACGACACACAGUUCAUGCGCUUCGACAGCGACUCUGAGAAUCCCAGGGCCGAGCCAUGCAAGCCAUGGGUGGAACAGAUGGAGCCCGAAUAUUGGGAGCAGGAGACGCGGAAAUUCAAGGAGCACACCCAGAAUUUCCGAACUUGCCUUUACAACCUACUCCACCUGUACAACCAGAGUCAGGACGGUCCCCACACUAUCCAGGAUAUGCACGGAUGCUACGUGGGACCAGAUGGUCAGUUCCUACACGGGCACUAUCAACAUGCCUAUGAUGGCCACGAUUACAUCACCCUGAACGAGGACCUGAGCUCCUGGACCGCAGCAGAUGCAGUGGCUCAGAUCACUCAACACAAAUGGGAGGAGGCUGGAGUGGCAGAGGAAUACAAGGCCUACCUAGAGGGCACAUGCGUGGAGACACUCCACAGAUUGUUGGAGGAAGCUCAGCAACACUCAGACCCCCCAAAUACACAUGUGACCCGUCACCCCAGACCUGAAGGUGAAGUCACCCUGAGGUGCUGGGCCCUGGGCUUCUACCCUGCUGACAUCACCCUGACCUGGCAGUUGAAUGGGGAGGAGCUGACCCAGGACAUGGAGCUUGUGGAGACCAGGCCUGCAGGGGAUGGAACCUUCCAGAAGUGGGCAGCUGUCGUGGUGCCUUUUGGGGAGGAGCCUAGAUACACAUGCCAUGUGUACCAUUAGGGGCUGCCUGAGCCCCUCACCCUGAGAUGGGAGCCUCCUCCAUCC